ACUGUCAGCUGUCAUAUAUACCAAUAGGAGUUUGAUUUUAAUAUUAUUUUAUGUCGAAUUCUUGUUUUUAAUAUUAAUGCGAGUUUUAAUUUAACAAUUUGUCACAAAUUGUUGAAGUAUAAUGCCGGAAUUUCAAUUAAAAGAUUCCGUUAUUACUUCUUUGAACGCCCAAGAACCAUGGCCCGACAAUGUGAAGUUAUUUCAACCAUACGAAGUGGAGCAGAUACUGCUGCCAGACAAUGCGAGCUGUCUAGCAGUGCAAGCUUUCUUGAAGAUGUGUAAUCUCCCAUUUGAAGUUGAAAUGAGAUGGAAUGCAGAGUUCAUGUCACCGUCUGGCCGAGUGCCGUUCAUCAAAUGUGGUGCAUUUGUGGUCUCAGAGUUGGAACCAAUAGUGCAGUUUGCUGCCAACAAAGGAGUGUCACUGUGCGGUCGACUGUCCACAGAGGAGAAGGCUGAAAUGAGGGCUUACAUGAGUCUCAUUACAAAUGUUUUAGUCAAUGCUGAGCUGUACAUAUCCUGGCUGGACGAUGACACAUACAAUGCGGUGACAAAAGUUCGCAAUUCAUCAGUGUACCCGUGGCCACUUGGGUGGCUACAAACACGAUCGAAGCGGAACGCUGUCGCUAAGCGGCUGAAAGCGCUGCAUUGGCAGGAGAAGACUCUGGAACAAGUAUUAUCUGAUGUAGAACAGUGUUGUAACUCACUGAGUCAGCGACUCGGCGACAGGGACUACUUUUUCGGAACUCCAACAGAGCUGGACGCGCUAGUAUUUGGUCACGUGUUUACUAUCAUCACGACGCGGCUGCCGUGCAGGAAGCUGGCAGAGACUGUGAGGCGGCACGAGACGCUCGUGUCGCUCGCCAAGCGAAUCGACGAGCAAUACUUCAAGCGGCCAUAGCGGGAGGUGUUCAAGGACAUCUCUACCGUUUUUAGGAGUCCUUGAACAAACCUGCCCUUUAUUAUACUUCAAAUUGUCUACAAUGGUGAUUUUGCGAUGUAUAAAGCGAGAUAUAUUUGUAAUUUAUCAUAUUUAAUGUCUGUAGAUGUCGGAUUUGGAUGGGGGGUGGCGUAGGGGGGUUGAAUAGUCGGUCCGCCCAGGGUUUCUUGAUUUUUUUUAUGCAAUUUAGAAUGACUAACUGAAUGAACUUCGGUAAUUUUAUACGUGAUUCUUUAAAUUGAUAUAACUUUUUUAUUUAUGAACCGAUUGAAAUAAAACAAACGCUAAAUGUUAAGUGGAGCAAACUGCAAUGCAUUAGUGAAAACCAAUUUCAAAUCGGUUAAGCCGUUUUUGAGAUUAGCGUGCACAAACGUACAGACAUACAGACAAAAAUUCUAAGUCAUUGUUUUGGGUUCUAUUGCGUUUAUAAAGCUGUACUAUAAUAGUUUUUCUUUAUUUAUCUUCCAUGUACAGACAGCGACCAGUUACGAUUUUAUUAUAUGUAUUGAUAAGCUUAUAAAUUCAUAAAGAUACUGGCAGUUAUAUAAAAUGCAAAUAUUAUUCGUUUUAUCGUAUUUCGUAUCAUAAAAGUCACCAUUUUAGACUCUCUGGUCAAUGUAGUUAGGAUUUCUUUUUACUUCACUUGUUUAUAGAGCACCGCACAAUAUAAACACGCAAAUAACAUUUCAGCUUUUUGUAUUUUACCAAAGUGGAAUGUUUCUGUUGUUUUAUAUAACAAGGUAAUGAGAUUCCCUAUUUGACAACAAUUGUCAGUAAAGCAGUAUGUCCUUAGGGUCUUAGCCUAUGGAUAAAACUAAAAAACAUUCCGUUUCUUGUUUAUGGUACGCAGACGAGAGUUGCCAAGUUAAAGGUGGGGUUUGACCAAGCGAUCGAAUUCUCAAGUUUUUUUUUUUCUGCAAAGAGCAUUUAUAAUCUUUAAAUUUGUUUUAUAUUAGCAUUUUUAAAUAAUAAAAUUUUCAUUAAUGAUUAUUUAUUAAUUACGACAAAUAAAAAAAUCUGAUUACACAAACAGUCUUCAUUUUAUUUUUACAUUUAUUUUUUUGUUCGAUUGAUUCUGAGAAAUAUUGUGUAUGUUUGUUGCAUCGUUCUUUUAGUCUAAAUCCACCUUAAUAUUACUUUUUGUGUAAUAAUAUUGUAUUUUUGCAACUCGAGUUUGCUGAUUUUGACACUUAAUCUGUUAACAGGUCACAAUAAUGUAUAUCAGUUAAUAAAAAUAGCAAUGAAUAAGUUUCUGUAAUUUAUAUCGGCUUUAAUCAAGUAUUUAACUACGGGGUUGCCAGUCUACUUUCGGAACGGAUAAGAGACUUAAUUAGUGGGCGCAGUUCACGGCUUAGUCGCGAGCAAUACUAAACUGGCAACCCAGAAACUAAUAAUUCGUUAUAAAGUCAUUAUAAAUAAUUGUAAUAGCUUAUGACUCAAGACAGUUAAUAUCCAGGUUUUGUUUAAGGAUAUCCCAAUAUUUUUAGAUUGUUAAGUUGGUAUAUUGUUA